AUGGAUGCCAAUCCACAUCCAAUCUCAAUUCCACCAUCCUACGAAAGCCUCCCUGUCACCGACAUCAAACUCAACCAUCAUCCUCCCAACUCGCCCACGGCCACCCCAAUUCUCAUCGUCACCCUGAACCGCCCUGAAAAGCACAAUGCCUACACACAAGCCAUGAGCAGGAGCUUGGAACGUGUCUUCCGGACGGUCGACAUCGACGACCGCGUCAAGGUUGUUCUCUUGACCGGCGCCGGAAAGACGUUUUGCGCUGGCGCAGACCUGGACAUUGGAUUCAGCGGUGCUAAACAGAUUGACCCAGAAGUAUACCGGGAUAGCGGCGGCCGCAUCGCCCUCGCAAUCCACCGCUGCCGCAAACCAACCAUUGCCGCAAUGCAAGGCUCAGCAGUCGGCGUUGGGAUGACAAUGACCCUCCCCGCUGCUAUUCGCAUCGCCCAUACAACAUCUAAAUACGGCUUCGUUUUCGCGCGUCGUGGAAUCACCAUGGAGUCCUGCUCGUCGUACUUCCUCCCGAGACUCAUUGGACAUGCUCGUGCUAUGUAUCUUGUUACUACAGGGGGUGUAUUCCCGCCUACGUCGUCGCAUUUUGGGCCGUUGUUUGCGGAAACGUUCGCUGAGAAAGAGGCAAUUCUGACGAGGGGGAUGGAGAUUGCGAACGAUAUUGCGGAAAGUACGAGUUCGUUGGCGGGCGCGUUGAAUCGGGGGUUGAUGUGGAGGGGGCCUGAUUCGCCCGAAGAGACGCAUUUGUUGGAGUCGAAGGUUUUAUAUCAUAUGUUUCGGGGGAGGGACCAGAAGGAGGGCGUAGGGGCGUUCCUGGAGAAGAGGAAGCCGGAGUUCAGGGAGACUCUAAAGGAGGAUGCUCCCCAGGAGUAUCCUUGGUGGUCCGAGGUUGAUAUCGAGCCGAAGACUAAAGGUGAGUCUAAGCUAUAA